UGUGCUGACGUCACCGUCUCUCUCCUCCGGUUAGGCGCGCGCGAAAAUAGCGGAGUGAAAUCUCACGAGCUAGCGCUGAUCAAACCGAACAGAAACUCUCCGUAAUCUUCAAACAUCUGCAAGAGCCAUGGCGGACCCAAAGGUAAGGAGACCGCGGGCUUCAUCUCCUGUCCCUUUCGCAGCGCGAGAGACGGAGGCACAAGAGGAUCAUGAUGCAUCCACAGAAAAUGUAGAAGACUCCAACCAUGACCCUCAUUUCGAACCCAUCGUCUCGCUACCUGAGCAGGAUGUCAAGACCCUAGAGGAGGAUGAGGAAGAACUAUUCAAGAUGAGGGCAAAGUUGUAUCGUUUUGCCAGUGAGAAUGAUCCCCCUGAGUGGAAGGAACGUGGGACUGGUGAUGUCAAACUCCUGCGACACAGAGAGAAGGGUUCCAUCCGCCUUCUCAUGAGAAGAGACCGCACCCUCAAAAUCUGUGCCAACCAUCACAUUAUGCCGUUGAUGGAGCUGAAGCCCAAUGCAGGCAGUGACAGGGCCUGGGUGUGGAAUACACAUGCUGACUUUGCAGAUGAACAACCCAAACCAGAGCUGCUGGCUAUUCGAUUCCUCAAUGCAGAGAAUGCACAGAAGUUUAAGAUGAAGUUUGAUGAAUGCAAAGAAGAGGUCAGAAAAUCUCUAGAAGGUAGCAUGAACAGCCCUAAUAAAGUGGCAGAGAAGCUGGAGGAGCUGUCUGUGCAUGAUGACAAGACAAAGAGUUCAGAGGAGAAGAAAGAAGAGGUGAAGAAAGAGAAGACUGGUGAGGAGGUGAAGAAAGAGGAGAAGGCUGGUGAGGAAGAGAAGAAAUGAGCCCAGGAACGUCGCUUCAUACGGAUCCUCCACUUGCCAUUUUCCCCUUUUCUACAACAGACUCUGAAAAUGAAAAAUUGGACAGUUUUGUUUUCUUUUUGGCCUCGACUUCACAAGACCUUGGUGCCACUCUUAAUGCGUCCAUUUCUCAGUCAUUAAGAUGUUGUGAGCUUUUGUCCCAUUCACAAACUGUCAUAUCGCCCUUCAUUUUCUCAUACAUUGUGGACCAGUCGUCAGUCAUCAUGUAUUUGUGUAUUUACACGACAUGCUAUGAUACAAGGCUUGUGCUAUUGAUUGAUUCCCACAUUGGGUAACCUCUUUUGUUGUUUUUCUUUUGUACUUUAAAGAGUAAUGUUGCGAGUGUCUAGAUAAGAGAGUGGGCUGUGUGAGUUGAUUGGGAGAAUGAGCAUCUGAGACAACUUUUUCCUUAAAAUAAAGUCACACGAGGAACAUUUGA